UCAAUUGUAUUUAUUUGACUUAAGGAAGCUAACCCAACAACAGUCAUCACAAACGGCGUCGGCUGGCGGUGACUAAUUUUCCGGCCAGCAUAAAUAAGAUGACUUCGACUGCAACCACCACUUUCUUCAUCUACUCAAAAUUCCCCAAUUCGCUUCUUCGUUCACGUAUUCAUACCUGCAACAAACCCUUUUCACUUUCGCUUCCACCAUCGAAACUCCGUGCAACCCAUUUGUCAGUAUGCACUUGUUCCCGCACCCCAUUCACACCCUCCACGAGUUUCUCACCCCAAAGAAGUUUAUCCAAGUUCAUUUCAGAAAAGAUUGCAUUUUUUCUCAUUGGGUCGUUUAUCUUCUUUGGUUGCUUUAACACAAGAACGGCUUUUGCAAUUGCAGUACCCCCUUCUGGUGGAGUGUUGGAAGAGAAGGAGAAAAGCGAUGAGGAUGCAAUGAAUGAGAGAAUUUUGGAAAAGGAUCCAAGAAAUGUUGAGGGUCUUAAGGUGAUUGUGUAUGGGAAAAUUAGAAGAGGGAAAUGUAAAGAGGCUGAGAAGUUUGUGAAGAGGUUAAUUGAUGUGGAGCCAAAUGAGGUUGAAUGGAGGCUUUUGCUGGCACUUUGUUAUGAGACAAUGGGGUAUUUGAGUAAAGCUAAAACAUUGUAUUCAGAAAUUUUGGAGCACAGGCCUCUUCUUGUUAGAGCUUUGCAUAGUCUGGCUAUGGUUAUGCACAAAAACAAUGAAGGUCCUGCUGUAUUUGAAAUGUUGAAUAAGGCUCUAGAGUUAGCUAUUAGUGAAGACAAAGUUACAGAGGAGAGAAAUAUAAGAAUCUUAACUGCACAAAUGCUUGUUGUACAGGGUGAUUUGGAGGAAGGUUUAAAAAGAUUUCAAGAUUUGAUCGAUCAAAAUCCUAGAGAUUUUAGGCCUUAUCUUUGCCAGAACAUAUUGCAGGGAAUAAUAUACAGUCUUCUGGAUAAAAAGGAGGAAGCUGCAAAACAGUUUGAAACAUAUCAAGCUCUUGUGCCUGAAGAGUUUCCUCAGAGGGGAUUUCUUGAUGAUAUCACCAUACAAGCAAAAGGAACAUCCCGAGUACAGUUUCAGAAGGAAUUUGGAAAUCGAUUUUCUGACCAAAAGUAGGAAAAGAUAAAAUAUAGGUAGACUCUCCAGUUUGAAGUCAAACAACUCUUGUAAAACCAAAAAGUUAGAUUACUGUAAUAAUGUAAUAAUAGAAUGUAUAACAGUUCUCUUUUUAUUUUCUUUUUCCAGCCCUUGUAGUGCAUGGUUUGGACUUUGGAGUCAGAUUUUGCUUUUCUUGCUCUGUUUAGAUCAUGCUUAAGCUCAUUGAGGACAAACAACUAUUUCGCAAUAAUGUUUAAUCCUUCUAUUUUGUUCUUUUGA